AUGAUUAGCAGCCGUGAAAGCCAUAAUAGGUUCAUAUCUAUCUAUCUAUCUAUCUAUUAUAGUCCGUUUAUUACCUAUCUAUUUAUCUAUCUAUAUAACUCAAUCUGUUCAUACCUGUAUCUACCACUGUCCGUUCGUAUCUAUCUAUCUCAGCCUGUUUGUAUCUUUCUAUCUAUCUAUCUACCACAGUUUGUUCGUAUCUAUCUAUCUAAAUAUCACAGCCUGUUUCUUUCUAUCUAUCUAUCUAUCACAGCCAGUUUCUUUCUAUCUAUCUAUCUAUCUAUCUCAGCCUGUUCAUAUCUAUCUAUCUAUCAAUCACAGUCUGUUCGUAUGUAUGUAUGUAUGUAUGUAUGUAUGUAUGUAUCUAUCUAUCUAUCUAUCACAGCCUGUUUCUUUCUAUCUAUCUGUCACAGUCUGUUCGUAUGUAUGCAUCUAUCUAUCUAUCUAUCUAUCUAUCUAUCUAUCUAUCUAUCACAGUCUGUUCGUAUGUAUGCAUCUAUCUAUCUAUCUAUCUAUCUAUCUAUCUAUCACAGCCUGUUUCUUUCUAUCUAUCUAUCUGUCACAGUCUGUUCGUAUGUAUGCAUCUAUCUAUCUAUCUAUCUAUCUAUCUAUCUAUCUAUCUAUCUAUCCAUCACAGCCUGUUUCUUUCUAUCUAUCUAUCUGUCACAGUCUGUUCGUAUGUAUCUAUCUAUCUAUCUAUCCCAGUCUCUUCAUAAUGAAGCUCUCUAUUCAUAUCUGUCCGUUAAUGUUUGA